AUGACACGAACAGACCCACCUGACAUCCUGGUGUCUACGGUGUACCAAGACAUAAAGGUGGCCACCGCAGCCCCUGGGGAUUCGAUCGUCUGCCAGCCCCUGGCACGAUGUGACGCCUCCAUGUCCUCAUCCCUGCCCCGCGAGCCGCAGCCCUUCAACAAGCGCCAUUGCAGGAGCUUCGACUUCCUCGAGUCGCUGGACGAGCAGCUGGGCACCCCCGCGGCCAUGGAGCGCCCCUGCGCGCGCCCCGGCACCCCUGAGCCCACGCCGGGGCCGCCGGGCAGGCGAGUGCCGCCGAAGCCGGACCCUUACGCUGGCAGAGCCCCCCCGCCCAGGAGCGAGCCGAAGCGACGCGCCCGCUCAAAGAGCGCACCGCGAGUGAAGUCCACCUUCACCCCGGUGCCCAUCACUGUCUCGGCGUCGCCGCCGCCGGCCCGCCGCGGGCGGGAGGCGCUGCGGGUGGUGCGGGAGCCCUCCCGCCCCGAGCCCUCGCCGCGCCGCGAGAGCCAGGUUCCCCUGCGGGUGCUGGCUAACGAGGUGCACCCCAUCAAGCUGCAGCCACAGCGCAGCAGUGUCAGCCGCAUCUCCCCGGUCUGCCUGGGCAGCAACUGCUUCGAGGAGGGGCCGGGCACCAAGGUGGGUGCCAGCCCCCAUGUUAAGUGCCGGGUGGACAUCAAGCCGGACGAGGCGGUGCUGGUACACGCGGCGCGCAGCCUGCGGGCAGCCCAGAACCGGCAGGAACCGCCGCGCUGGCCCCGCGCACCCGGGGCUGCCCGCAGCCUGGCGGUGCCGGGGAGCAGGCAGGUGUCCGCGUCCCGCACGCCCACCCCCAGCGACUCCUACAGCGGGGACCCCCCGCUCCUGCCCUAUCCCGGCGAGUACUACGAGGCGGACCCCCGGGCGCUAGCUUACCAGACGGUGCCGGUGCCGGCCUCACGGGACUUCAGGGAGUACCCCGAGAGGGGCUGCAUGACCUUCUCGGCCCCCAGCGUCCCCACCAAGUUCUUCUACGCAGAGGAGCCAGCGCGGUGCCCCAGCCCCGCCAUGCCCCUCCGCAGCUCCGGCUACGCCAGCUACCCCUACCCCGCCCGCCACAGCAUUCCCCAGCACUUUUACACCGAGGACCCGGCCAAAGCCACCGUCCACACGGUGCCACCCCGGACGUUGUACGUGGAGGAGACACGGGGCUACCCGGUGCAGGAGGCGCCCGCCCGUGCCUUCUACGGGGACGAGCCCCGCUUUUAUGCCCCUCGCGGCACUCCCAUCAAAACCCUCUACGCCGAGGACACCCGGACGUACCCGGCCCUCGGCUCCUCUGCCCGGGUAUUCUACGCUGAGGACUAUGGGAAGUACCGGGAGCGGGAGGUGCUGUCGCGGACGUGCCCCCCGCCCCGCAGCGCCCAGCCCUUGCACUUCGGCGACUGGUACUGCCCCGAGCGGGGUGCACUGCCCUACCAGACCUUGCAGGUGUCACGCUUCACCCCGCAGCCGGCCGGGCGUGAGGCCAUGCUCUCUUCCUGGCACGCCAGCUAUGGCGUAACCCCCCCGCGGCUGGGCCGGGAGAGCCAGCACUACUCCAAAUCCUGGGAUAACAUCCUGGCGCCGGCGGCGCGCAGGGAGGAGGUCCUGCAGCGCGGGCGCAGCUACGAGAACCUGCUCGCUCAGGAGCAGCACCGUGCCUUAUCCCCUGAGGAGCGCCGUCAGCCGGUGGUGAUCAACCUGUCAAGCUCACCCAAGCGCUACGCCGCCCUGUCCCUCUCGGAGAGCUCCAUCCUCGAGAGGGUGCACACAGACGGUGGCCGUGGCCCGCCAGGCCGCUCUUGGUACGUUACGCCAGAGAUCACCAUCACUGACAAUGACAUCCGUGCCGAUGGGCUGGGCAGGAGCGAGAGGCGCUCGGCCAGCUGGGAUGUGCUGGACGCAGGGCGGGAGCACGGUCCUUACGCCGUGCCCUGCGCCCCACAGCCCGUCCCCAGGGAGAGCAGCUCGGGGCGCCAGCGCAGCCUGGAGCAGCUGGACGAGCUCAUCACCGACCUCGUCAUCGACUACAAGCCGGCUCCAGGCCACCGCGCCGGGGACAGGGACAGCCUAGCUGAGCAGCUCAAGCAGCUUCUGAGCAGCAGCGCUCCGGGGCCCCCCCGGCAGGGCGAGGGCAGGAGGAUCCCCCCCAGUGUGCCUGAGCGACCCCGACCCACGAAGGAGCAGCCGGGUCCCAGCUCCCGCGCCGGUGCCCCACGUCCCCCACCUGCCUCGCUGUCCGUCGGCCCCUUCGAGAAGUCACCGGAGAACUGCUCACCCGACCUGAGCGCGGAGGAGGAUGACAUGAUGAUGUGCUCCAACGCCAAGUGCCGGCGGACGGAGACCAUGUUCAACGCCUGCCUCUACUUCAAGUCAUGCCACAGCUGCUACACCUACUACUGCUCCCGGCACUGCCGCCGCGAGGACUGGGACACGCACAAGGAGAGCUGCGUCUACGGGCGCGUGGGCAGCGUCUGCCGCCACGUCCUGCAGUUCUGCCGGGAGAAUGCCGAGGUGCACAAGGCCUUCUCGCGCAUCGCCAAGGUGGGCUACCUCUCCCGCGGCCGCGGCGUCCUCUUCCUGGGCUUCCCCAACGCCGGCUCGGCCGAGAACUUCCUCCAGUUCGGGCUGGAGAGCCUGCUGAUGUCCCCCACCUACCUGUCCCUGCGGGAGCUGGAGAGCUACUCGGACAACCUGGGGGAGUACGCCCAGGAGCUGCGGGAGACGGGCAACCAGUACGACCCUGACGAAUGUUUCCUCCUGAAUGUAACCGUGGCCGUCACCCAAAAAGUGCCGGAGAGGCCAUCGCCGAAGAUGCAGGUGCCGACGGUCAGGAAAUACGCCAAGGUGGCCUUAGCCUCCUCCAGCCCCGAGAAGAAGAUCCUGAAGAAGGAGCGGGACAUGGAGACAUUGAUCCUGACACCCCCGCCCGGCACAGCAGACAUCGACAAGGAGGGGGAGGAGGGCCGCAAGGCGCGUGAGGUCUGCUUCAUCAAUAUCCAGCGGGAGCUGCGCAUCCGCGGCGUCUUCCUGCGGCACGAGUUCCCUGCCGUCUACGAGCAGCUCUGCGACUUUGUGGAGAGCAACAAACGCUUCACCCCCACCACCAUCUACCCCAUCGACAAGAGGACAGGCAAACAGUUCAUGUGCAUGAUCAUGGCAGCCUCCGAGCCCCGCACCCUCGACUGGGUGGCCAGCCCCAACCUCCUGGAUGACAUCAUGUGA